AUGCUCAAGCUCUGUUUCACCUUACCCCGGUCCCCGAACCUCGCCCGUCGAGCGUCGAGCACCUCGGGCGCGGCCGGCACCCUCGGCGCGCAACAGGCGGCGCCGGCGGCGAAGGCCCCCGCCAAGCCGGCGGUGCCCCAGCAGAAGGCCCCGGGCAAGAGCGGCAUCGCGCCGCCUCCCUCGGGGAUCGUCGGCCCCCCGAUGUACCCGCGGAGCCCGCUCCUGCCCUUCGGCCACCCUGGCGCCGCCGCGGACCCGCGCAUGCACGCGUCCGCCGCCUACAUGCAGAUGGCAGCGCAGGCGGACGCGUAUCAGGCCGCGCAGGCCGCUGCCGCACACUCCCAGGCGAUGGCCGCAAGCUGGGCGCAGGCUCAGGCGGCGAAGGGCAAGGGCAAGGGUCCCGGCAACGGCGUCGCUGGCGCCCAGGCCCCGGGCCGCAAGCUGCACCCAGGGAAGGAGUGGGCGCAGCUCGUGGCCAUGCUCAAGGCCGCCCCGGGCAACAGCCUGACCAUCUCCGAGCUGCAGCAGAUGGCGGACAUGCCGCUGCUGGCGCAGGUGCAGGACGGCGCGGCCUUCUGCGAGAUGUUGGGCAAGGUGCCGAGCAGGGACGUGCGGGUCAGCGGCCCCCCUGGCGGCCAGAGGGUGAGCCUCGUCCUCGGGGGCCAGCCCGGGCUCCGGCCCGAACCCGAGGAGGAGCCCUUCUUCCCCUUCAACCCCUCGGCGGCGGAGUUUGUCCCGGGCACCGGCGGCCCUGGCCAGAAGGGGCAGGGCGGACCGAAGGGCAACUUCUUCUUCAACGCGCAGGAGGCUGCCCGUGAGGGGGCGGUGGCCAGCAGUUGCCUAGGGCGCUUUGCCUCGCUGGCUCGCGACGGCUACAUCGUUGGCUCUCAUGAGCCCGGGCGGAGGCGCCCAGUGGGACAAGUAUGCGACGCCUGGAUGCCAGGGCCUGCCAGGGUUGCCUGCGGCCUGGCUGGGUGCGGCCUCGCUGCCUCCUCGGCCCGCCUUCGGCAGUGCUGCAGCGCGGCGGACAGGCUCGGCAUCCAGGGCGCGGAGUUCCAGGGCCCACGCGCCCUGGCCGACCUCGAGGCGGAGGUGGCCAGGCGCGAGCGCCUCUCCCGCCCGGCGCUGGUGGCCGGCAUCUUGGGCGAGCAGGCCGCCGACGAGGCACGCCUCGCGCGGAAUGGCGCCCAGCACGCGCGGACGCUGCCAGGAGCUGGAGCGGGCUGGGCGGUGCAGCCCCACGCCCCUGGGACCUGGCCCGAGCGCGACCAGGUGUCGGAGGACCGCGCCCUUGCGUUCGGGCAGGGCCUGGAGGCUGGCCGGAAGCUGGCCGAGCUCCAGGCGCGCGUGCAGGGAUUGGCGGAACAGCAGGACGGAGCCAAGGUACAGACCGCCGCGGGGCCGGAGCUCGAGGAGUCGUUCUCGGAGUCUGAGGGCGUGACCGCGGAGCUGCUGGCGCCCGUGCCGACGACGCCCGCGGUUCGGCGCGGCGGGUCGGAGGCUGGGGGCGUCGCCGACGGCGCGCCGCCGAACCCUGCUUCCACACGCGGCCCCAUCGCCGACGCCGAUGACGCGGAGGAGCCGCUUGUCGGGUUUGGCGUGGCGACGAGCGACGACACGAUGACCACGGCGUACUCGGACGAGUUCGCCUACCCGUCGGAGUUCGGCCACGGGCACAAGGUGGCCGAGACCGCCUGCGCAUCGGAUGGGCUGCAGGAGUCUCUGGAUCAGGCGGUGUUCGCCGAGCAGGGGCCGCAGGAGGCCGAGCGGAUUGCCCAGGCCGUCUUGAAUGGGCAGUUGGGGUUCAUUCGGAAGCGUGCGGCCGACUACCACGCGGAGCUCGUGCGCGGGGUCUCAGCGCUUCGCCUCAGCUCGCAGGACCUCGAGGCGAUCGAGGCGCUCACGCUGGAAGGUGAGGCGGAAAUCAUUGCGCAGAUGGAGCAAGCUGAUGAAGUGGAGGAUUCGCUGUUGGACCAUAUGAGCCCCGACGAGGGCGAGGCAGUCGUGCUCCUCGGCGCGUUGGGCGUGCCCGACGGCGCUGGCCGAGGCGCGCAGGAGCACGACGAGGAGCCUGAGUCAGCGAAGCAGGAGCUGAUGCGCGCCAGGGAGCCUCGGCGCCUGCGGUGGAUCCGCCGACGGGUGGCAGCGAUGUGGCUGGCUCGCCUGGCAGGGUGGCCCUACCCCCCUGAGGCCUGGUGCGCCCGAAACCAGCUCACCAGCCCCGAUGCCGAGUCCACCGUGCGCGGCGAGCACGAGGGCGAGGCCACGUCGGAGCCAUCGCGCGGGCGGCUGGCGCGCGCGGCGACUGUGAGAACGCAGGCGGUGGACCCCAGGCCGAAGGUGGUCACGGCGUCCCUCUACCUGUUCAUCUCCUCGCGCCUGCUCCUGUGCACUCGCGCCCUGCGGGCGCCUCCUGGGAUGGGGGGCCUGGCGGCCCCGAGGCGCAGCAUCACCUGGAACUACCUCGUCCAUUUCACGCUGUACUGGCCCCUGUACGUGUACUGCUUCACCUCGCACGAGUUCCUGGCGCAGUUCCGGACCUUCCAGGAGUGCGGGUACCACCACCCGGACCUCUACGCGGCGUUCCGGCUGUUCGGCUACUGCAGCGGCCUCGUCAGCAUGAUGGCCAGCUUCUUCCUCAUAUGGCAGGUGGUCUUCAUCUGGGACACGCGGACACACCCCAGGCCCGAAGUCGUGGGCGCCCCGCCCAACCUGAUAGAGACCCUGCCUUUUUGCUCCUCCCACGGUGCCCUACUGCCCCGGCAACUUCGGGGACGAGGAGAGCAAGACCUACCCCGGCAUGUGCCCCAUCUGCCUGGGCGAGUGGGAGGAGGACGACGACAUAAAGGUCCCUGCAUGCGGGCACCCGUUUCAUAA